UCGAUCAACAUCAGUUAAAGUUUAGCAACCGCAAGCGUCCUAACUACUCGCCCAUUCGGAAUAUCGCGAAUUUAUAUUUGUGAAGUUCAUCAAACGUUAUAAAUAAUCAAAAAUGAAAUUCGUUAUUGUCGUCAGUGUUCUUAUUGCUAUCGCCGCUAGUGCUCCUCAGGAUCACCCAGAUGUAUCUGUUCUCAGAUUUAACAACGAGAAUGAUGGACUAGGACACUACCAUUUCGACUACGAACUAUCUGACGGUCAGAAACGAGAUGAAGCUGGUGAACUCAAGGACUUUGGCGAGGAAAAGGCCGUUGUUGUAACAGGAUCUUAUUCAUUCACCGGACCUGAUGGACAAACCUACUGGGUAACCUUCACCGCUGACGAAAAUGGUUACCAUCCAGUGGUUGGAACUGGACCACAAGGCCAACAACACUAAUUUUUUUUUCAUAGUAGAAUAAUAGAUUUCCUAUUACUCCACAUUUAGUCUUACCUGUCGGCGAUGCCAUUUUUCUGUAAAAAACAUGAAAAAUAUGUUAAAAAAAGUGAAGUGUGCAAUUUUUUGUAUAUAUUAAGAGAAAAAUAAAAUAAAACUGUGUGAUUGAAU